AUGAGCAAUUCCAAGUACAGCUCCAGCUACAAGUCAUCCUCCAGCAGCUACACAUCCUCCAACAGGGAUCCGCUCAGCGCUGCUCGGCUGAACAGCUUCAUGCAGGAUGAUGGCUUGGCCUACCAACAGCGACUACUGAGUGGUAGCGCCAGGUCAUCGUCGUCAUCCACGUCGCGGGGCAGUGCACAGCCCUCCUACUACUCCUCCUCCAGCUACUAUUCGUCGUCCUCGUCGUACGGCUCCUCCUCCUACUCCUACGGCAGUGCACAGCCACAACCGCGCCCCAGGCAGUGA